GCAGUUUUUCUUUUGUGUGCAGAAACAUGCGAGUUAAAAUAUCAGGCGGCGAGGCCACACAACGUUAGCGAGCAAGCCAGAAUCAAAGCAAAUCGUAUCCAACAAAAUCAAAAGAUGUUACGUCUCACCAUGGGAUUGGUAACCACCACUGUUCCCGCGAACGUCGUUCCUCAAUUCGGGUCAGUCCGAACAUCUAUUCGGGUCGGAAACCCAUCCGGGUUGAACUUCCCUCUCUCGCUGUCACAGAAGAGGAAUCGAAGCUAUGUUUGCUUGGCUGUGGAUGACGACCUCAGACAGGAGCAGCAGGACUCGAGUACAACCGGUAUUGGGUUGGGCUCCGCCCUUGAAGAAAGGCCCGAAAACACAGAUCUUUUUGAGAGUACAUCAGAAGAAAUGCAGGGAAAUUUUGAACAAGAUGGUGAACGAAGUGCUAUCUAUGAUUUUCUUUAUCCUAAUAAAGAUCUUCUUCCUGAUGAUAAAGAAAUGAGUGUAUUUGAUCAUCUUGAAGAGCUGCGGCAGAGAAUCUUUGUAUCAGUUUUAGCUGUUGGAGCUAGCAUUUUGGGAUGCUUUAAAUUUUCAAAAGAAUUGAUAAUGAUUCUUGAAGCUCCUGUUAAAUCACAGGGUGUAAGAUUUCUUCAGCUGGCUCCUGGUGAAUUUUUCUUUACAACUUUAAAGGUGUCUGGGUACUGUGGCCUUCUUUUGGGAAGCCCCGUCAUCCUCUAUGAAAUCAUAGCCUUUAUACUUCCAGGACUUACAAAAGCCGAAAGAAGAUUUUUAGGGCCAAUUGUUUUAGGCUCAUCAGUUCUUUUCUAUGCCGGAAUAACUUUCUCCUACUUAGUUCUGACACCUGCCGCUUUAAAUUUCUUUGUUAACUACGCUGAAGGCGCUGUUGAAUCAAUUUGGUCCAUUGAUCAGUACUUUGAAUUUGUUCUUGUGCUUAUGUUCAGUACAGGCUUAUCUUUCCAGGUACCUGUCAUACAAUUUCUACUGGGACAACUUGGACUGGUAUCCGGAGACCAGAUGCUAUCAAUUUGGAGGUAUGUUGUGGUUGGUGCAGUAGUGGCAGCCGCUAUAGUUACGCCAUCUACCGAUCCUCUCACUCAAGUUCUUCUAGCAGCACCUUUAUUGGGUCUUUACCUUGGUGGGGCAUGGAUGGUCAAGCUGACUGGACGAUGACCUUAGUCCCUUCUUAAUUACGUGCCAGAAUUUUCAGUCUGAGUAGAUGUUAAUGUACAUUCACACAGCAAUGUAGAGUAUAUUUUUAUUCGUACCAGAGCAUUACUUUUCCUGUAUUCCAAUUGAUUUAA